AUGGACACCUCCUCUGUGCCUCUACUCAACUACAGCCUCCAGCAGUACCAGUGGAGCUGCCCCAGCUCUGACUCUGACAUCUACAGCAUCUCAUCCCCAGAGACCGCAUCCCCUGUGCCCUCCAUGGACUACAGCCUUUCCCCUGGCUACUACCAGCCCUCUCACCCCUCGACCGCCCCUAGGGCCAGGACUGUAGUCUCAGAGAAGCCCCAGUCCUCAUCAUGCUCUCCCACAGGACCUGGGAGGAAGACGGCUAGAUCCAAGACCCGUGUGAGGAGCAAGCAGAGGGAGAGCGCCAGUGAGAAGGAGAAGCUGAGAAUGAGGGAUCUGACCAAAGCCCUCCACCAUCUCAGGAGCUACCUGCCCACCUCAGUGGUCCCAGCAGGACAGACCCUGACCAAGAUUGAGACCCUGCGGCUCACCAUCCGCUACAUCUCCUUCCUAUCCGACCAACUGGGCCUCAGUGAGGAUGUGGGGGACAGCUCUGCAUGUGAGACCACCCCAGAGAUCCUGGGAUACUUCCAGUGCAACUCCAUGGUGGGGAAAUGGACCCAGGGACAAAGCCAGAAGCAAUAUCAUUCUCAGUGUUCCACACAGAGCCAGCCUGGGUCACUGGAGCAUUCUGGGGAGUGUAGUUCUGGAGCGGACCUGGAUCAAUUUAGUGGACAGUACACAGGGAUUAUGCAAGGGGAUCUCUUCAACUCAAGUAUAGAGUCUUUUCUGCAGUCUCCACAGACAACACAGACCACACCACCUUCAUGCCAGAUGUAUGGUAAACACUUCUGCAGUCAACUGGUCCCUGAUGAGUUCUGGGGUUGA